UAAUCAGUUACCGAUCCACGAGAUGACCUUCCCUCUUAUCCCAUGACUGCUUACUUUGUGUAAGAGCUUUUGAUGAGGGACUUUGUCAAAGGCUUUCUGAAAGUCCAAGUACACUAUAUCCACUGGAUCACCCUUUUCCACAUGUUUGUUGACCCCCUCAAAGAAUUCUAAUAGGUUGGUGAGGCAUGAUUUCCCUUUAUAAAAGCCAUAGUAACUGUUCUCCAACAAAUUGUAUUCAUCUAUGUAUCUGAUCAUUCUGUUCUUUACUAUAGUUUCAACCAAUUUGCCUGGUACUGAAGCUAGGCUUACCAGCCUGUAAUUUCCAGGAUUGCCUCUGGAGCCUUUUUUUUAAAAAAUGAUGUCACAUUAGCUAUCCUCCAGUCAUUUGGUACAGAAUCUGAUUUAAAUGAUAGGUUACCACAGUUAGUGGUCUUCAUGUGAUCUGAGUGUUCCACCCAUCCAACUGGCUCCCAGCUUUCCCACCCUCUGCUUUUUCACUGUCUCUUGGUUCCAUUUUCCUCUCCAUCCCCUGGCUCUCAAUCCCAGUCUCCUUGUGCACCCAGUUCCAGCCUAUCCUCUCCACACCAGCUCCAUGCCUUCUUGCCCAACCAGCCUGAAUUUCCAAGCAGUUUUGAAGCAGCUGCCGUUUAAAGGAUCCAAUUUGCCAGACAACCGGUUGAAAUUUCUCCUUCUAAACUGCCCAUCCUGCCCUUCACAGCAAUCUUCAGUCUUGGAGGAGGGGCAUAGUUAAGGGCCCAUGUCUCACAACUGACUGGGGAUAGAACCAGAUCUUCACUUUCCACUGGGAUGCCAAGCACCCAGUUCUAGCCCUGGAAGGACCUGAGAUAUCAGACUUCCCACUUCCCUCAUUGUUAUGUUGGAAAACUAUUUUAAUGUUUAGAGGUCUUUACAAUAUAUUAUUUACAACUGUCCUCACCCACUGCAGCCUUGCGUGUUUGGGCGUAUAUAAUCUACGGCAGCCUACCUUUGUAGGUGAAAGGCCCUGAAAAUCGUAUCAGUUUAGAAACCUAAAAUCUUGCAAACACUUUUACAGUGUUUGACAUAUAUAAAAUAUAUGUGGGGAUACGGUAGGCAUAAAGAAACCCUGCCUUCCCUGACUCACUUGUGCCUUCACUGCUUGUGAGUUAUGCAGCUACCCCAACAUCAGCCAAUAAAACCUUUGUAAUGGACCAGUAACAUUGUGUAUUGUGUGUGUAAAUUUCUAUGUAGAGUAUCAUGUUAUAAAGCACUAGGUGCCAUUCAAACAGCCAGAUCUGGAUUGGCUGAAUAUUCCUAAUUCUCUCAUUCUGCAUCUGGUGCUAGCUGCUCUUAGUUUAAUUCUGACUGCGGUACUGUUCCAUUUUAAGGUUAUUCUGAGGGAAUGAAAGCUGCCAUAUUUUUCAUGAACUUAAUGUCAUUAUUUUGUUGUUCAUAUUAUAAAUCUUAAUAAUGUCUGGUGCUGUCAUGCUCCCUCUGAUGGGACUGUAUCUGCCAUAUACAUGUAUAGCAGAUUGUAAUACAUAGUCCCAGACACAGCUCAUCUGAGAGAGAACCAUUCAGUUACUCUUUGCAACCCUGUAUCCCAAAGCUCUUUGAGGUUUUUGGUACAUUAUCUCCAAACAGUAGUAACUCCCAGGGCAUCUUAGUUCAUGCACGCCUCAUUUCUGAGGAUAGGAGUGGUCUUGGUGUGCUAACAGCACUCUCAUCUUAUUGCUAUUGUUACUACAUGACUGUGGUAUUGUUUGCAUAGUUGCUGGUUAAUUCAGGAUUGGCUAAAUGUGUCCCAGUGUAACAAGGCCACCCUAGUGUUUAAUACGGCAAGACUGUCUGCAGAAACUAGAGGUUGCAGCAUCAGUACUCAGGCUUGAGCUGAGAGGCUUGUGCUCUGGGCACUGCAGUUUGGAAUUUCUCAUCUCUGCAGCCCAUGCCACUGCAUAUGACUAAUGAAGUGACAAUUAACUCUGAUUUUAUGGACAAAGUUUAGGUGCACUUGUAUUAACAUAGGUUAGAAUGUAAGUGAUUAUAUUUUGAAAAGUCUGCCAACUGAAAAUGGGCUUUAAACUACUAGAUGUUUUAAGCAAAAGUAUUAGGUGAUUAAAAUUGGAGAAGUAUCCUACUUGGAUUCUGUAUUUCUGUCUAAAAAGCAUGUGCCUGAAAAGUAUUACAUUAGCCCAAGGCAAAGGUGGAGUUUAAAAGCAUAAAAUAAUCUACUGUAAUGGCAGGUACUGCCUGGAUGCAAAAUAAUCGUCCAAUUGGGCACUCUAAUCUUUCUGCCAACAUGGAGUCCCAUUGAUUUAUGGGGAUCAUCUGGCAGAAUCAGGGCCUAAACGAAGACAAUGCAGAGAUGGUGAUUUUCUCUUCGUUUUACUUAGAGUGCAAUUCCUUAACCUACGCUCCCUGUCAACACCUGUUACAUACAGUCCCUGACUCUUCUGCCUUUGUUUACACUGAUCACUUUCUGCCACUGAGACGGGUCUGGAGUGAAAAGCUAAAGAUGCUGCUGUUCUUCCGUAAAAGGAAACCCAGUGAUGAGGCCCGGAAGCGCCUUGAAUACCAAAUGUGCCUGGCAAAAGAAGCUGGUGCUGAUGACAUUCUUGAUAUAUCUAAAUGUGAACUCUCCGAGAUUCCUUAUGGCGCUUUUGCAACAUGUAAAGUUUUGCAAAAAAAGGUGCUGAUUGUUCAUACAAAUAAUCUAACAUCUCUGGUUCCAAAGUCCUGCAGUCUCCUGAAUCUCAUAACUGUGAAGGUUUUAGAUCUCCAUGACAACCAGCUGACAUCGCUUCCUGAUGAUAUUGGCCAGCUGACAUAUCUCCAGGUCCUAAACAUUGAAAGGAAUCUCUUAAAAUCUCUUCCACGGUCUAUAGGGGACCUCGCCCAGCUCCAGACCCUCAAUGUGAAAGGUAAUAAGCUGAAGGAGCUACCUUCUACCCUGGGUGACCUGCGCAGCUUGCGCACCCUUGAUGUCAGUGAGAAUCUGCUGCAGAAAUUGCCCCAGGCAUUGGCUCACAUCCGCACGCUGGAGACUCUAAUGCUGGAUGCUUCAUCCAUGACCUACCCGCCAUAUGAUGUUUGCAGUGCCGGCACAGAGUGUGUCCAGCAGUUCCUGUGCAAAGAGUCGGGAAUCAAAUACUGCCCUCCCUCCCAGUAUCUUCUUCCGGUGCUGGAAAGUGAUGGAGGAGAAACAUCAGUGGAUGGUGUCGAAAGGUGUGUGCAUAAAUACAUGGAGGAAGAGAGCGAGUGGCAGAACAAAUUCUUGGAUUAUGAGAAGAGGAAGGAAGAGAAGAUGCUGGAGAAGCUGGAGUUCGAGCGUCGCCUGGACAUGGGGCAGAGGGAGCAUGCUCAGCUUCUUCAGCAGAGCAGCAGUCAGAAGGAGGAGAUUCUGCAGACUGUGAAGAAGGAGCAGGUGAGGCUGGAGAAAGGUCUGACGAAGCAUCAGCGCAACCUGGAGGGAGAGCACCUGAAGCUGCUGGAGCAGCUGAAACAAACGGAGCAGGGCGUUGCCAGCCGAAUCCAGAAGCUUCUGGAGGAGAAUCAGAGGCAGAAACAAAGUUCAGAAAUUUUGAAAUCCCUGGAGAACGAGAGAAUAAGGAUGGACCAGCUGAUGGCAAUCACGCAGGAGGAGACAGAGCAGCUACGCAGAAGGGAAGUGGCCUCUGCCAUGCAACAAAUGCUGGCUGAGAGCUACAAGAACAAGGUCAUCCACAUGACCUCUGAAUCUCGAAGGCAAGACCUCGUCAGCCAGGCGUGCUCCAGCCUGGCAAAGAUGGAUCAGAAGUUCCAACAAAUCCUAGCUUGGCAACAGCUGGAUCAGAACAAGGCCACUAGUCAGAUCCUGCAGGAGAGUGAAAUGCAGAAAGCGGCCUUUGAAGCCCUUCAGGUGAAGAAGGAUCUCUUGCACCGGCAGAUCAGGAACCAGAUUAAGUUAAUAGAAACAGAGUUAUUGCAGCUGACACAGCUGGAGUUAAAGAGGCAAGAAUUGGACACAGAGACACUGCAGGAGGUGAUCACAGAGCAACGCCGAGCCCUGAGCUACAUGCUGCAGCAGCUGCUCAAGGAGAAGAAGCAAAGAGAAGAGGAACUGCAACAAAUCCUGCUGGAGAUGGAGGCAAAAAGUGAAACGAAGCAGGAGAACUACUGGCUGAUCCAGUAUCAGCGCCUGCUGAACCAGAAGCCUCUCUCACUGAAACUCCAGGAGGAGGGCUUGGAGAGGCAGCUGAUAAACCUGCUGAUCGAGCUGUCGGCUGAACAGUACAUACCAAUCUUUGCCCAUCAUCGGCUGUCGCUGGAAGUGCUCAGCACCAUGACCCUCAGCGACCUGGCAAAGAUUGGAAUCACAGAAACUGGCCUGCAGCACGCGAUCCUCAGGCGAGCCCAGGAGAUCCUGGCUGUGGCUAAAACAAUCCCAGAGCUGCUGAAGAGCCCUGAGACCAAGGGCCCUGCUGCACCAGAGCCGAGUGCCCCCCCUGAAGAAAUCCUCCCUUCUGCACCCCAGCUGGAGCUGGACAAGAGGAAGUCUGAGUGCGUGGUCUGCAUGGAGCAGGAGGCCCAGAUGAUCUUCCUGAACUGUGGCCACGUGUGCUGCUGCCAAACAUGCUGCGAGACCCUGCGCAUCUGCCCCCUCUGCCGCAAAGACAUUGUGCAGCGUGUCCGCAUCUUCCACAGCAGCUAGCCAGGGAGCAGCUGCUGGGCUCUUGGGGCUGGAGGUGCCAUCAGCUGGGAAGGCCCGCUGCCCGAGGCUCCUCGGAGGCCUGGGUGGGUGUCAGAUCUGCUCAUCUCCAUGCCGCAGCAUAUCACCCACCCCUCCCACUGUCACGUGUACACCUUGCACUGCUCAGAGCCUGUGACUGUGAGGCUGCUUUGUGGAGGACUGGAAUGUGCACUGUCACCUCAUGUCCUGGGGGUAACUCCAGGGCUGAAUGUUCUCAUACGCUCCUGUAGGCAUGUUAGCCACACCCCUCUUCCCCCACCGUAACCCCUGCAGUUGUCCCCUGUGCUAUGCAGAUGGAAGCAGACGCUGCUGAGUGACUUAUGGGCUGUCUCAAGUCCCCAUGAGUGUCGGUGGAUUUCUGCCUCCCUUGCCUUGCCUGUCUGUGUGCUCCCAAGAUGUCAGGGGGGCUGCAAGCCCAUCCCUUCCCUGUCUAAUGUAUUUAUUUGCCUUCAGCAACAUGAUCACACUACACUGUUUCCUCCCAGCCAGAGGAGACUGGUUCAGUCAGUAGCUUCCUUUUGUGCCCUGAGUAGCUCCCUUUCUGCAUGGCCCUGGGCACCUGGGAGACCAGAGCUCCUCCGUGGGUGCUGUUGCAGGGAAAGGACAAGCACUUGGUAGCAAGCAUGGGAUUCUCUGGGAACCCUGUCAGGCCCUCACCCCCAGACUGCUCCAAGCCCUCACAUUCCUGCAGUGGAGGGAUCUGACCCUUAGCAGCUGACCAUGCCGGAAGAACCAUGAUUGUCCUCCUCCCCCCAACACACACACUUUAACCCAUCUCCCAUUGCAGGGGGAGGGCCCCUGGGUCUGCUGGCAAGGAGCUGUCUGUCAGGUUGGAUCUGCUAGCUGGACAUAGAGGGGGCUGGUUCUGAAUGUAAGUGGGUGCUCCAGUCUUGCAUCUUGGACUGCAGGCUGAUAGCGCAGGUCAGGCAUAGACCUGGAGGGCUCACUCCCGUUACUGGGUUUGGGGAGGGACAAACCAAGUAGCAUCUGUCAGCGAUGUGACUGGAGAACUUGCAGCUGACCCUGCAGGAUGAGGCCCACAGCUGUCUGCACAGGUGGUCCCACUGGAAUUGUGGGGCCAUUUGUCCAGCCCUGCCAGGUCCUGGGUGAAAAUAAAUGUGCAUUUCUGAGCUAAGGCUCUGAUUUCCUUGGGGCGCUGCUGCCACCCUGAGCCAGCACUGUCUGUGGGGGAGAGCAGGGCACUCUUGCCAAAGCUAUAGGCGGGAGGUAGUCGUGCAUGGGGGGAGGGUGAUCUUCUUGAUGGAGCUGUUGGCAGCUUUGCAUUGGGAGCAGGACAUUUGGUUAAUUGUUUCUCCAUUUUAAUUAAUAAGUAACAAUUUCAGUGAGUUCCCACUUUCUAGACCUUGACCUACAAGCUGAACCAGCCUGUCUCAUUCCCCCAGGCACAGCUGGUUUGUGCUGUUGGCUGUUCACUCACAUUUUCUUGAGAAAUGUGAGGGCAGUUGAAGGGUGACUCAGUGUUGGGUACUGGCCUUUUACCUCCAUAGGCCGAGGUUCAAAGCCGGUCCUGGAUCCCCAGUAGCAAUGGGACUGCUGGGAUCUCACUGGUUAUCCUCCUCUGUCUGCAUCAGCGAAGCCCAGCUCCUCAGAGCUGGUGGUGUUGGCUCAUCUCUCUCCCAGAGACCAGUGGGGGGCACUGCAAGGUGGUGGCAGAGCUUGGGGGUGGGAAGGCCACAGCAUAGGACUGAGAGAGGAGGCAGUAGGACUGAAGUGCAGGUGGAGCUAGACCUGCUGAUGCCAGGCCUGGCUCUCCAGAGCAGCACUAGGCAGUUCCCUCACUGAUCUCAGAGGCUGAGCUCUGGGAGGAAAGCUCUGGAACGUGGGACCCACUGGCUGCUUCCCUGGCCCCGGCCCCAUGACUGGUGAUGACAAAACAGUGGAAGGCUGAUGGGCUCGAGGCUACGAGACAUGCCUUGGGGGAGCUGCAUGCUCUCUCUGCGUCAUGGUCAGGUGGCAUUAUGAGCAUCCUUGGUCUGAGGGGGGUCACUUCCCAUCUGAGGGACCCAGGAGGGCUGCAAGAAGGGCCAUGUCAGUGGGGUCCCAGGGCCUGUUUCUCAGCACAGCAGGGGGCACUACCCACCAAUGACAUGGACGAGCUGCCUAAAUGAACUCGGAUUGAGAUGGGGAAAGGGCCUCACAGAGGGGUUUCUCUCACCCCAUCCCCAGGGCCUUUUAUUGCUGGGUCCUGAUCCUGUGGGCGGCUGAGUCCCCUUCGCUCCCAGGGCCUUCUGUGGGGGGAGUGGCAGGAUCGUGCCCUUCCUCCCUGAUACAGGGCUCAGUGCUGGAGCAGCAGGUUCAUGCUGGAGCUUCCUUUCGCAUUUUCCUCGGCUGUCCCACUCUCCCUAGGCUCCAGGACCCUGUGUGGGGGCGGUUCCAGGUUGAGGACUCUGAGGAGGUGCAGCUUGGCACAUCUCUGAUUGGGGAUCCAAAGUCAGCAUUGGGUCUAGGCAAAAAAAACCCCAAAGGCCCCUCUGCCCUUGCCUCAAAGAGCAGGCUGGUCCCUGGCUCCGUCUUGGAAAGCAGCUUUGACUGCUCUCCAAAGCCCCUGCUCACAGAACAGUUGCUGUGCCCCCAGCGUGUGGCAGGGGAGUCAGACGGUGGCAUGGGCUUAUGGCAAUGGCAGCAGUAUGCACAACACCUUAUCCCCAUGUCUCAUCCAGCCCAGCUUGGCACUGACCCUGGCAAGUGAGAUUGGGGUCUGAGUUCCCAAUGAGCUGGAAGCUGCGUCUCACAGCUCCUCCUCCCUGCAGUGCCGUCUCCCCACUGACCCUUAGGGCCGAUCUGUAGGCAAGGGUGCUAUAGGCCUUGCAAGUUCAGUAGCCAGAGCUGUUCAGAGCCAGCACCUGUUUACUCGCUCCUAGCUCAUCCACCCACUCUGGAAAGGCUCCCUUCCCUGCCGUGCUUGCCCCCAGCCUGCAAGCCAGGCCUUUCCACAGCACCCCUGAAGCCCUUGGGGAAUGCUAAGACCAUAGUAUGGCCGUCACAUGUAUGUAUUUCACUAGUGAGCCUGUAUGUGAAUAAAUGCCUUCAAAGGAUGGGUCCUG